AGCCGGGCGGCGGGGGUCAGUGGACGAGUGCAGUAAUGUGACCGGUCGGGCCAGUUUAACUAUUAACCAUCGAGGCGUACUUGGACCAGGACGGUACUUAAAGGCGUGCAACACACCGGCGUCCGCGUCUCAUAGCCCGGGCGCACGUAACCUGGGGAGGAGGAUUCAUGCAGCCGGCUUGGACCGAGCCUCGUUUGCUGUAUCACGGCCACAAGAAGCCGACUGUCCACUCCGGUUGGAGAGGUCCCUUUCUGUGGCUGGUAAUUCUAGCCUUGUGCGGCAGACCUUUAAAUAUCUUCACUGAAGAGGCCUUUCCAGCAGCCACGUGGUGUAAGCCCACAGGGAGCAGCUUGCAUUGAAUGGAGAACAUACUGGUCCUGCUCCCAAAACAUCGACAGGAUCACGGAGUCUACAGACAAACGGCUGCAUGUGCCUUGCUGCAAUCCCUUUGCCCCAGAGCAAUUUCUCUCUGGGCUUUAAUGCUGACCAUCACUCCCUGUAGACAUUUUUAAUGGGAUAAAUUAUUGAGGCUGAUCAGGUUCAAAACCAGGUCAGGUGAUCCAGUCACUUCCUCAUCACAGUUGGUCAGAUUUAGUCUAUUCUACUUUUUUUUUUGUCAAGACCAUCGUCUUUCAAAGGCUUCCGCAUGGUACUUUGGUCGAAAGAACAAGACAAACUGCCCGACAUCAACAUGUCCUCCGGGGCCGUUGAGGUGAAGAAGGAGGGGGGGCCCCUUGCUCCGGCCUUCAUCAACUCCAACUCCUCCGUCCACCCGGUGAUCCUCACACAGGGACUCGAGGAAGGGAGCCCAGGAACCGGGGGCGAGUUUGAGCUCAAAGAGGUUACGUCUUUCACAGAAAUGACCAACGAUAUGCCUGGGAACGAAGAGAGGUUGGAGAUAGUCGCAGUGAUGGACUGUCGGGCCAACGCCAAAGGUCAGCGGGAGGAGGAUGCUCUGUUGGAGAAUGCGAGCCAGAGCAAUGAGAGCGACGACAUCAGUAAUGAUCAAAACCCUGAACAGCCAGCACCCCUCAAGGAGACCUCCUUCUCCAUUGGUCUGCAGGUGGUUUUUCCCUUCCUUUUGGCCGGGUUUGGAACAGCGGCGGCAGGAAUGGUGCUAGACAUUGUCCAGCACUGGACCGUGUUCACGGAGAUAUCCCAGGUGUUCAUCCUCGUCCCGGCACUGCUCGGGCUGAAGGGCAACCUGGAGAUGACGCUUGCCUCCAGACUGUCCACAGCGGCUAAUAUUGGUCAAAUGGACACAAGCAAGGACAUGUGGAACAUGAUCAUGGGGAACUUAGCUCUCAUCCAGGUCCAGGCUACCGUUGUCGGGUUUUUGGCCUCCAUCGCCGCAGUGAUCUUCGGUUGGAUUCCAGAGGGUCAAUUCCGGCUGAGCCACGCCGUGCUGCUUUGUGCCUCCAGCGUAGCCACUGCCUUCAUUGCUUCUCUGCUACUAGGUCUCAUCAUGAUUGGUGUGAUCAUCGCGUCCAGGAAAGUUGGCAUCAACCCAGACAACGUGGCCACACCUAUUGCUGCGAGCCUGGGAGACCUGAUCACCCUGUCCCUGCUGGCUGGCAUCUCUACAGGACUGUACAGGGAACUAGAUUACAACGACUAUGCCAAUCCACUGGUGUGCGCGGUCUUUGUGGCAUUGUGUCCACUCUGGGUGCUGAUUGCCAGAAAGAUCCCCUCCACCAGAGAAGUGCUCUACUCUGGAUGGGAGCCGGUCAUCAUCGCCAUGGCCAUCAGCAGUGUCGGUGGUCUGAUUCUUGACAAGACCGUCACCGAUCCCAACUUCGCUGGUAUGGCGGUAUUCUCUCCAGUCAUCAACGGUGUGGGAGGCAACCUGGUCGCAGUUCAGGCCAGUCGAAUUUCCACCUACCUGCACAUGAAUGGUAUAGGUAUGGGGGAUCCAAACCCUAUGCCCAGGAACAAGUGCCCAACACCUUGCACCACCUUCUUCACCUCAACUGUGAACUCCCGUUCAGCGCGUGUGCUGUUCCUCCUGGUCGCCCCGGGUCACCUCGUCUUCCUCUACACCAUCAACUCACUAAAGGGGGGACAUACCACGCUCACGCCCAUCUUCAUCUCCUUCUACCUGGCUGCUGCAAUGCUGCAGGUGAUCAUCCUCCUCUACCUAGCGGACUGGAUGGUCCACUGGAUGUGGGGCCGAGGGAUGGACCCCGACAACUUCUCCAUUCCCUACCUGACCGCACUUGGUGACCUGCUGGGAACGGGCUUCCUGGCCCUCUGCUUUCAUAUGCACUUCUUCAUUGGCGACAGAGACUCCAACUCGGGCAACUGACUGCAAAGAUGGCCCUUCUCACACGGACAAGACGCCUCCUAUGAAAGGGCUAAUCCCUGGUAGGGCUCUGAUCCAAGACGUAGUGCUCUAACAGGUCAGUAGUUUACAUCUCCAUCACAAGUGAUGUUUCAAACUGGGAAAUAUCGUUUAUUCAGCCCCAACAGACUUCGUUUUUAUUCUUCUUGAUAACGGAGUCCUCUGCCUCUGUUGUUAUUUUGCUAUUGUAAAUGAUUAUUAUUGUUGGUGAAUAAUACAUUUGAUGUAAAUCGAUUCUAUUUUGAGAGGCUAUUCCUCAUUAUUUUCAAUGGGGACACUAGCCCGUAUAUCCAUUUUUAAUAGUGCAACAAAUCCAAGAAAAGAAGAUUGCAAAAAAAAUAAAAAAUAAACAUGCACAAGCCAAGAUUGCUUAAAUCACCAA